AUGACUGAAACCACAGAGAAUCCUGAGAACCAAAGUAUCGAUUUGAGUAGCCCUUUGUACAUGCACCUAUCAGAAAGUGCGGGCAUUAUAUUAGUGCCAGUGGUGUUUGAUGGUACUGGAUACAGGUCCUGGAGAAGGGGCAUACUUAGGGCAUUAUCAGUAAAAAAUAAAGUAGGGUUCAUCACUGGAAAAUGUAACAAACCAGUCGAAACUGCAGCCACAUUCGAUCAAUGGUUGCGUUGUGAUGACAUGGUUACUUCGUGGAUACUCAAUUCACUUUCAAAAGACUUAAGAGACAGUUUUCAAUAUGUGAAUGAUGCUAAAGAGUUAUGGCAGGAACUGGAAGACAAGUAUGAUCAAACAAAUGGUGCAAAGUUGUACCAAUUACAGAGAGACAUCAAUGACUUAAGUCAAGGUGCAUUGGACAUCCUUUUGGUUACUAUACCAGGAUGA